GAGAGGAAAGAGAGAGAAAGAGGACGACAGAGAAGAACAGAGGAGAAAGGAAGAACGAAAGGAGAAGAAGACCAGAACACAAAAGACGGAAGCGGAGAAGCAAGAUUGAAACACCAAUCUUCAUCUCCAUCUGGGCUUUCAUUGUUUUGGUGAAACUUUUCAAUUUUUUCUUUUGCUAAAAAAAAUUCUCAAACUUGUGUCAUUUGCAUGAAAAAAUCUCAUUGGUAGUUUGAGAAGGAUUUGGCUUUGGGUAUUCUCUGUUACAGUCUUAGAUCUUGAAUCUUCAGGCUUAGAUAUGGAGACGGAAGAGAGAAAUCAGAGAGCGCCUAAAGCUUCAGAACCAGAAUUUUUCUUGCAGUGGGGGAACAGAAAGAGACUCAGAUGUGUGAGAGUCAAAGGCUCAGAAAUCUCCGAGAGGCUCAAUGGUGGCAUCUUCAGGAAAAUCACAUCAUCUCGGAUCCAUCGCUUUGCGGUCUCCGCUUCCGAAAAAGAGAACUCUCAUCUUCAAUCCAAUCGCCUUACCAGGAAUUCUGAGGGGACCAUGCUCCGGUCAGGUGCAGGUGAGAACCGGAAGUCGUCUUCGCCGGAGAAGGAGGACAGGUACUACACCACAAGAGGAUCAGUGGGUGUGGAUGAGAAUGGGAAUGGGAAGGUUAUAAUGGAUGGAAAUAAUGGAGAGGACCGGGGGCUUGUGUGGCCGAAGCUUUACAUCACUUUGUCAAGCAAAGAGAAAGAGGAGGACUUUUUGGCCAUGAAGGGUUGCAAACUUCCACAAAGGCCCAAGAAAAGGGCCAAACUCAUCCAAAGAAGCUUACUUUUGGUGAGCCCUGGUGCUUGGCUCACUGAUAUGUGCCAAGAGAGAUAUGAAGUUAGGGAGAAGAAAAGUUCUAAGAAGAGACCAAGAGGAUUGAAGGCUAUGGGGAGUUUGGAAAGCGACUCAGAAUGACAGAUGCUGAAUUUUGUUGAAGCAGAAGACAGUUUUCUUGAUUCUGUUUUAGAAGAAGAAGAUAAAUGGAGUUGUUAGGCUUUUGUUAGGGUGUGCGGUGGAAAAUGAUGAGUUAUGCUUUUGUAUAGAAA